CAUUUACAGAAAUUUCCAGCUCCUAAGGCUUUAAUAGUGGAACCCCUGGAGAGUGGAGGUUAGCUCCACUCCCUGCUUAGCUCCCACCCUCUGGCCUCAUCCAGGGCUAGCAUGUGGCCACUGCAACCUCCAGAACUCAGGGGCUUUUGGGGUCACAUCCAACCUUCUAAUGCAUCUGCUCUGUGAUCGUGGAUAAGCUGGUCCCCUUCUCUGAGCCUUAUCUGCGACAAGCAGAGAGAAUUCAAGGAGAAGAUGGAUGUAAAGCAUCUGGUAAUUGCCAGGCCAAGAGACUGGGCGCUGGAUAUUUGGGGCCGCAGGCCGAACCACCCGCUCGCUGACUCAGCCGAUGCACCCUGGGUGGAGAGGGAAAACGGACUACGUGUGUGAGCCCAGGCGGUGCUCUGCCUCUGCGGCCUGCUUCCCGGUGUCCUAAGAAGAACGCCCCCCUCUUCUCCACCCCUUCCCAGUUCCCGGCAGCCCUGGCCGCCCCGCCCCCUCAGCAGCUGCUGCUCCCACCCCCUCCCUGCCCAGCCCAUUCUGCCUCGUCAUCUACUGCCCCGCGGAGGCUCGACUCUUGAGUGGGGCCGCCCGGAACGCACAGAACCGGGAGCCCCCCCACCCCCCCACCCCCCACCCCCCCCGGCACCUGGCUGGAGGAGGGAAGAGAAACUGGGCAGAAUCUGCGCCCCCUCAUCACCAGCCGCGCUCGAAGGAGGUCUGUGAGCCCCGCCCCUCCGCCGGACUCUAGCUCUGGGACUGGGUGGAGGGGAGGUAAGGGGAGCCUUGUGAUCUCACUUUCGCAAAAGCUCCCGCAGUUUCCCACAACCCUUGCUCCCUAGCGUAAGAGCCUGCGCUGCGAGGUGGGAAGGAGACCCAGACCCCUCUGGAUGCGUGGCACCUGUAACCUCCUGAAGCUCCGGGAAGAAUUUGCCCCCACCAUGGGCAAUGCGCAGGAGCGGCCCUCAGAGACAAUCGAUCGCGAGCGGAAACGCCUAGUGGAGACGCUGCAGGACGACUCCGGGCUGCUGCUGGAUGCACUGCUGGCGAGCGGCGUGCUCACCGGGCCUGAGUAUGAGGCGUUGGACGCGCUGCCUGAUGCCGAGCGCAGGGUGCGUCGCCUGCUGCUGCUGGUACAAAGCAAGGGCGAGGCCGCCUGCCAGGAGCUGCUGCACUGCGCCCAGCGUACUACGCGCGCGCCAGACCCGGCCUGGGACUGGCAGCACGUGGGCCCUGGCUACCGGGAACGCAGCUACGACUCUCCAUGCCCUGGCCACUGGACGCCUGAGGCACCUGACUUGACCGCUUGCCCCGAACCGCCCAGAGCUUCAGACUGCGACGAGGCUGGGGUUUCAGGGGGCUCGGAGGCAGUAUCCGGAACCCUCGAGGAACUCGAUCCGGAAGUGGAAGCUGAAGUCUCUGAAGGUGCUGAGCCAGAGUUGGAACCCCAAAUGGAUCCGGAACCAGAGCCAGCACCUGAACUGGAGCCAGAGCCCGAGCCCGACUUUGAGGCGGGUGACGAGUCUGAAGAUUCCUGAAUGUCAGAGUGCUGAUAGGCUGCUGCUCUCUGCCCAAAGCAGACAGGACCUGGGAUCCUGCUCUGGCAUUGGGGAGGAUGCCACCAAGUCUCCACCUGACCCAGUACCACUGGAAGUGAAUAAACUCCGGUGGGUCACCUUGG